GGUGUCAGUGGAGCGCAAGGACCGCAGUGUCUUCCAUUAACGUCCAGGAGCGGCUGCUUCUCCGGAUGAAAUCCAUCAACAGAAAUGUGUCCCUUUUUGUGGUAUCACCUCUAGGCUACUAGAUGCACGGCGGUUUAUGGUUUAAUCGUGAAAGCGAAUCCGUUUAGUCAACCAUGGAGCAGCAGCGGCGCGGGGUUGUGUCGUAUGUUUUGUCGCUAGAUGGCAGGACAAGUCCGGUUUCGGAGGGAUUAACGAGGUCGUGCCGUCUGCUGCAGUCUGAAAUAUUUUGUAAUAUCGCAUCAACACAUCAUGUUAUGGCAUUCAAAGGCAAAGUGGUCGACUCGAAGACUGUGCUUUUCAACCUGCUGCUGUGUGUGGUCAUAUUUUACUCUCUUUUUUACAUGAUUGGGAGUGUGUGCUUCGGUGCCUUCAGGUUGGAUCACUUUGAUGGACUGAUUCCAUUUGACUUUAAGACAGAACCUGCUGAAUCCAACUCCAAAUACUUGGUCAACCUCCUGUCCUUGGAGCUCACCUACUUUUGCAGCGGCCUGUUGUUUGCUGCAGUGGUGAGGAGGCGGGUUUGGGACUACGCCCUCACAGUCACACUUCUGCAUGUAAUGAUCACCAGCCUAGUGAUGUUGGAAUUUCCUAUGGUGUGGCAAUGGUGGCUGGCUUUAGGUAGUGGCUUGUUUCUGAUGAUCUGCAACGGUCAGCUGAUCGCGUAUUUCACUUGCCAGAGUGACCAGAGCUAUGCCUCCUUCAGCAUCUACUGACAGACAGUCUUGUGAAGUGAGGUAGAAGGGAUCGCAGCAAACACUAACACCCUGUAGAUUCUCCAUAGUGAUGUUUUUUUCUGUUUCACUAAAAGAGACUCCUCACAAUCACACAUAAAGUCACAGCUGAAUGAAUUUGUGUUUAAAGAUUACCAAUAGACUGGAAUUGAUGUAAAUACAACAAGGAGAUGUCCUCUGUUAUUUGUUUGCAAAAUGCCUCUGUCACUAUGCAGGAUUUUAAGGUAGCCUGUCAAGUAUGUUCAGUAUCUCUGUAAGCUGCUGCUGCUGUAUUUUAAAGACAUAGACAGUGAAGUGUUAAACAAUACAACAGCAACAGAUUAAGUGUUUAUUGUUUCAACCUCUUGCACAUUAAGGUAGCAUGGAUUAGUGAAACAGUGGCCAGCCUAUUUCAAACAAUGAACUGAUAAAGAUAUUUAAAAUAACAAAAAUAAAAAUAUACACAUAUACAGUAUGUAGCAUUUAGUAAAGUGUAACCAAUGAAGCAUUGCAGUGUUAAUGUCAAAAUCCUUUGCUCAAG